AUGCCAGAGACCAGCAUAGAAAAUGAAGCACCCAAAGAGCAGCCUCGCUUGCCAUGGGAAAUAGGCGUCUUCGAUGCUCACUGUCACCCCACCGACACCAUGACAUCAAUAUCAGACAUCCCGCACAUGCAGGCCAUGGCCCUGACGAUAAUGUCUACGCGCGGAGAGGACCAGGAACUGGUGGAUGAAGUUGCGCAGCGACUUGGAGACUAUCAAAACAUUGCCGACAAAGGUAGCAAUGGCAAAAUCGUGCCAUGUUUUGGCUGGCACCCAUGGUUUGCGCACCAAAUCAGUGUUUUGAACGACGACACGCCAACACCGGAUGAAGAAGCGACAGAAGCAGCAAGAAAAAUACAACACUAUCAAAGGGUGCUUACGGGAUUAACGGAGAGUGGACGCGAUGAGAGUAAUGACAAUGCGUUCUUCGAGACAUUACCAACUCCAAAACCGCUCUCGACACUACUCGCCGAAACUAGAAAGCGCCUCCUAGCGCAUCCCAAUGCCCUCGUAGGCGAGAUCGGGCUCGACAGGGCCUUCCGACUGCCCAUGCCGUGGCAGGAAGAAGAACUUGAAGUGCGUAAUGCAGAACUCACGCCCGGCUCGCGGGAAGGACGGAGUCUCUCGCCAUACAAAGUAGCAAUUGCGCAUCAAAAGGCCUUGCUUAAGGCUCAACUGCAGCUUGCAGGUCAGCUGCGACGCGCUGUUUCCGUGCACAGUGUUCAAGCUCACGGGGCUGUUUUUGACGUUUUGCAGGAACUAUGGAAGGGUCAUGAGCGUACGAAAGAAACUAAGCGUCAGCGAAAGGCACGAGCCCGCGAUGAACGUGAUGAGUUCCUAGCCAAUGAAGACGAUCACAAGGAGAAGGAGGAGGGAAAGGGAAAAGAACAACAUAAAGCGCAUGGUCAGCAGCAAAAAAUCGAGUCUCGCGGAGAAAAAGAAGAAGGUGAUGCAACGAAGUUUCCUCUUCCAUACCCACCCCGGAUCUGCAUGCACUCAUAUUCCGGGACAGCAGAAGCUCUAAAACAGUUUCUUCUGCCUAAAGUGCCGUCGGAUGUUUACUUCUCCUUUUCGACUGCCAUUAACUUCACCGGUCCUUCUCCAGAAAAGGUGCUGGCAGCCUUGCAAGCAUUGCCAGAUGAUCGUAUCCUUGUUGAGAGCGAUCUGCAUUGUGCCGGGGAACAAAUGGAUGGUUUACUCGAGGAGGUUGUCAGGACGGUGUGCCGUGAGAGAGGUUGGUCUCUCGAGGAUGGGACACGGAAGUUGGCUGAGAAUUGGAAACGAUUUGUUUUUGGAUGA